AAAUAAUUCCAACUUUUUCAAAGUGAGCAUUCAGCUAUUAAAAAUUAAAAAUUCAAGAUUUUAAAUUUUCAAUUAUUGUAGCAAUUUUGUAGCAAUUCAUUAUCAUUUAUCAAAGUGCAUGUUACCAAGGUUGUAUUUUCGUUGCCAUGGUUCCCGGUGCGGGAAAACAAAUAGAAUGCUUGUUUUAUAAAAUGGUUUUAAGAGGUGUGUAUUCAGUUGUUAUUCCGACGAGAUUUCUUACUUUAUUAGCUCACUUCUUUAUUCUUGUGUGUCUUCUUUGGGAUAAAGAAGAAAACUUACGUCUUUGUUUGCUCAAGUAUGACGCGGAGUAUGCCGGCUACUUCCAUAAUGAGUAUGUAAUUAGCUUAGCGUUAAGCUUGACCUCCGUGGCAUUCGAAUUCUUUGGGUUCCUGUGUGGCAUUUCUAUGUUCUCCGAACUUCAUAGCCUCCUAUCGAUUGUAUGCCACACAGUUGCUGCCUUCAUGUGGUCGAUUUCUUACAUUGAGCAAUGGGAUUGUUCUUCACCGUACAGCUGGUACCUUUUAAUUUUCUGUUCGGUCCUUCCAUUGACAUCAGAAUUUGCCGUGUUCAUAGGUUUUAUACGUCGUGCUAAUUUACGCUAA